AUGCUGAUUUUCUUCUGUAGUAGUGGAAUCAAUUUGAAGCUUGUCCAGGUGCAAAUAUAUUUUCGCCAUGGUGCGCGAACCCCUCUGCAUUAUGUCAAAUCUCCGGUUUGCGACGCAGAUUGGCCGAAGUCGACAACGGCUGAUGUACCCAAAACGAUGAUCCCUUUCGUUCAUCUUGAUCGCGAUACUCAGAAAGUUGUUGAUGAGGAGACAGUGGACCUUAUCUACAAACCGUUCCAUCUUCCAGGGGGUGAAUGUAUUGGCAUGCUGACAUCGAUCGGACAGGAAAACCUCUACGACCUAGGUGUACGCCUGAGAAAUGAUUAUGCCAAAAGUGGUCUACUUCUUUCCGAUCCACCUAAACUAUCAGAAUUUCAGUCUACUCGAAUUGGCCGCAAUAUCAAAUCAAUGCGUUGCAUAGCCGCUGGACUAACUAACGGUCAAGUUUCAGGACCCGUUAAAAUAACAUCCAUACCUUUCGAAACCGAAUUUCUGUUUCCAAACCCAAAGAACUGUGGCGUCAUGGAUCAGGCGUUCAUUCAGGGCACAGAGGAGCUGCGCAACAACUCCCGCAUAUCCAGCCUUAAAUCUUCACUAAAGAAGGCGUUAAAACUUGACAGGCUUGUCGAUGAACUCGAAAAAAAUAAAAACAGACCGAUAGAAGACUGCCAAGUCUAUUAUGUUCGUGACGAUUACAUAGCACGAAAGGUUAGUUAA